AUGACUGUACUUGCCCGCUAUGCUUCGACAAAAGCUGAAGACAUUAUUCCGCUGAAGAUACAGCUUCGUGACUAUCAGGAAGAGUCUAUUCAAUCUGUUAUAGAAAACCUUGGGAAGGGACAUAACCGUCUUGGAUUAUCGCUGGCUACUGGUUCAGGAAAGACCGUAAUCUUCACGCAACUCAUCCAUCGCAUACCCCCUCGAAAUGGCCGCGCAGACCAAACUCUCAUAAUCGCUCAUCGAAAAGAGCUCGUCGAACAGGCAGCGCGUCAUUGCCGACUCGCAUACCCAGACAAAACCGUCGAAAUCGAAAUGGGCGCGACGAAGGCAUCCGGGGCCGCUGAUAUAACGGUUGCUUCAAUACGGAGCUUAGCAUCCAAGGGCCGGAUCGAGAAGUUUGAUCCCAGUUAUUUCAAGUUGGUGUUGGUUGAUGAAGCGCAUCAUAUUGUCGCGCCCCAGUACCGCCAGGCUCUUGAAUACUUUGGCUUGACUGAACCAUCUAACAAUGCGCCGGCGCUUGUUGGGGUUUCUGCUACGUUUUUCAGAUUUGAUGGAUUGAAGCUUGGGUCUGUUAUUGAUCAUAUUGUUUAUCAUAAAGACUACAUUGACAUGAUUGGUGAAAAAUGGCUCUCGGAUGCUAUCUUUACGACUGUCAAGACCAAUGUGGAUCUAUCGCGUGUCGCCAAGGAUUCGUCGGGCGACUUUGCGACGAGAGCGCUUUCUGAAGCUGUCAAUACUGCCACUGUGAAUGAUGUUACGGUGCGAUCUUGGCUCACACAUGCCAGUGAUCGUCGAUCGACACUGGUGUUUUGCGUUGAUAUUGAGCACGUCCGCCAACUCACAGAGGCGUUCCGCGACAACGGUAUCGAUGCUCGCUACAUAACUGCGAAUACGCCCAGGCAGACAAGAAAUGAGGAAUUGGAAGCAUUUAAAAAGGGGGAAUAUCCGGUGCUACUCAAUUGUGGCCUCUUCACUGAAGGAACAGAUAUUCCUAACAUAGACUGUGUUGUCCUCGCGCGCCCUACACGAUCAAAAAGUCUAUUAAUUCAAAUGAUUGGACGAGGUUUACGAUUACAUCCUCAAAAGGAGAAUUGCCACAUCAUUGACAUGGUGUCCACGUUGAAUACUGGGAUCAUGUCUACACCUACUUUGUUCGGUCUUGACCCCGACGAGGCACUCAAUACGCAAAGCGUAAAGGACAUUCAAAAGCGAAAAGAGCAUGAAGACUUCGACCCAGAUAUACCCGACGCAGGCUACAUCCGCCCUCUUGGCGAUGACGAUGUAGAUGUCACAUUUACCACAUACGACAGCGUCUUUGAUCUUCUCAACGACGAGCGCGUAGAUCGCCACAUCCGCUCCAUCAGCCGUUACUCCUGGGUGCGCGUGAACACAGAUCGAUAUAUCCUUGCCGAAAAAUCAGGCUGGAUGACAAUCGAAAAAAGCGACCAAGACAUUGAUGGCCCCUGGGUCGUCGAACUCGUGCAAAAAUACGAAGCAGCAACUGGUAUAGUGCACACGAGACCUAGAGUUAUCGCCCGCGCACCGGACUUUGAGCAAGCAGUGCGCAGCGCAGAUACAUUUGCGAGCACUAAUUUCAAGGAUUUUGCGAUAAACUCGUCGCAGAGUUGGCGCCGGGCGCCGGCGUCUGAGAGUCAGCUCAAGGUUUUGAAUGGUAAGAAGAUUUUGGACAGGCUGAUUACGUCCAAGGAUCUUACGAAGGGGCAAGCAGCGGAUAUGCUUACGAAGCUUCGCUUUGGGACUAAGAAUCGGUUUCAGAGUGAGCAGAAGAAGAGGAAGAAGGAGGAGAAGAUGAGGAAAGAGUUUGAGAAGCAGAUAAGUCAGGGGGAUGUUAGGGUUGGGCCACUGAGUCAGCAAGACUUGUAG